AUUUAAUAAUGCUUAAUAUCUAUCGCUAGUUGUCUUCAAAAGCUUAUAUAUGAACACAAAGAGAACGUUUUGAGAGACAACAACAAUAAUGAGUAUGGAAACCACUCUUACUCUUCAACUCCCGGUCAUUGACUUCACGAGUCAAGACCUAAAACCGGGAACUUUUGAGUGGGAUAUGGUGAGAGGCAAUGUUCGAAGAGCUCUAGAAGAUUAUGGAUGCUUUGAGGCCUUGUUCAAUAAAGUCCCUGUCAAACUUCGAAAGGCGGUUUUCGAUGUUUCCGAAGUGCUUUUCCGACUACCUAUAGAGACAAAAGAGAGAGUUGUUUCAGAGAUUAAGUACAAAGGAUAUGUGGGUCAUAGCCCAACAAAUCCUCUGUACGAGGGUGUGGGCAUUGAAUUUGCUGACAAUUCAGAGAAAGUCAAUGCCUUUACGCAGAAGCUUUGGCCUAAAGGAAACAGCAGUUUCAGUGAGACGGUUCUAUCAUUCACCGAGCAGGUAUCGGAACUUGACUUCAUUACCCGGAGAAUGAUAAUGGAGAGUUUCGGGCUCGAUGACAAGUACAUACACGAACAUCUGAAUUCGACAAAAUGUCUCAUGCGUAUGAUGAAAUACAAAGGAGUUGAAGACUCAAAGGGGGAGGAGUCAGGUAUGGAGGCUCAUACAGAUAGAAACAUGCUCACCAUAAUUUGCCAAAACAGUGUAGCAGACGGAAUCGAAGUGAAAACAAAAGACGAUAAGCAUUGGAUCAAAGCCAAUGCUUCCCAAGAUUCUUCAUUCAUAGUUCUUGCCGGAUCUAUGCUACAUGUACUGCUGAACGGUCGGGUGUUAUCUUCGGUUCACCGUGUGAUGAGGAUUGGAACAAACACAAGCCGAUAUCUAAAGCCGGGAACUCUCGAGUGGGACUCGAUAAGCGGUGAUGUGCGAAGAGCUCUGGAAGAAUACGGAUGCUUCGAGGCCUUGUUCGAUAAAGUCACUGUUGAGCUUCGGAAGGCGGUGUUUGAGGCCUCGGAGGAGCUUUUCCGGCUACCAUUAGAGACUAAACAGAGAAUUGUAUCUGAUGUGAAGUACAGAGGAUAUGUUGGUCAGAAUCCUACAAAUCCUCUGUAUGAGGGAGUGGGUAUUGACGUUGCAGACAAUGAAGAGAAAGUAAAAGCCUUUACUCAGAAGCUGUGGCCUCAAGGCAACAUGAGUUUCAGCGAGACGGUUCUAUUAUUUACCAAGCAUGUAUCAGAACUGGACUUCAAGAUACGGAGAAUGAUAAUGGAGAGUUUCAGACUCGACGAAAACUACAUAGAAGAACAUCUGAAAUCGACGAAAUGCCUAAUGCGGAUGAUGAAAUACAAAGGAGUUGGUGAAACAGAGGAGGAGUUAGGUAUGGAGGCUCAUACAGAUAGAAAUGUGCUCACCAUAGUUUGCCAAAACGAUGUAGCAGACGGAGGAUUAGAGGUAAAAACCAAAGACGGUAGGCACUGGAUCAAAGCCAAUCCUUCUCAAGAUUCUUCAUUCCUCGUCAUUGGUGGAAGUAUUCUGCAUGUACUGCUGAACGGUCGGGUGCAAUCUGCGGUUCACCGUGUGGUGAGGAUGGGGACGGAAACAAGGUACUCGGCUGGACUUUUCUCUAUACCAAACACAGAGAAUUUGAUAUAUGCACCGGAGAAGAUGGUUGACGCCAAGUAUCCUCGACUCUUUAAACCUUUUGAUUUUGAAGCAUACUAUAAGUUCACCUGCGAGGGAUCCGGAAGGAGAGAUCUAUCUGGUCUCAGGACUUAUUGUAGCCUCUCAAAAGAAUAAACUUCUUUCUGUUUUUGACUCUCGAGUUGUUUCCAUGUAUCAAAUGAACUUUCGUUACCUAACUUUUAAUUUUCUUGUUUAAAAAUAAAUUAUGAUUUCAGCU